AUGACACCAUCUCAGUCCUUUUGGGCUGGUGCAACAGCACUACUGUCUCUCAUUGCAGUACACACUGACGUCCACGCGUCACCUGUCUGCAAUACUGACAAUUCGGCACCAAUGACAGCCUAUCAUGCAUCAAAAACCUACGUUGGAUGUUACUUAGAUCCCAAAGUGACAAUUUUGACGGCAGCGAAACUUAGCACCAUUGGUAUGACUCCCCAGUACUGUGCCAACUGGUGCGGUCAACGAGGCUUUGUAUAUGGAGGUAUCGAGUUUGGAACACAAUGUUUCUGUGGGGGUGUGCCUGAUUUUAGUACUGCGACGAAGACCAACGACAGUAGCUGCAACUCGAGAUGCGCAACGGAGCCAUCCAGCUCGUGUGGAGGAGGCUAUGUUAUGUCUUUGUAUAAGAUCUCGAAUCCGCAAGGCGACGUAACGAACACUGGGUUCGUGCCAGCGUGCCAAACACAGCCCCUCUGCAGUCACUCUGUCUGUGAUACUUCGUUAAGCAUUGCGGAGAGAGUCAAUUCACUUGUCGAAUCCCUGACCCUGGAGGAAAAGAUCCUUAAUCUUGUAGAUGCUUCAGCGGGAUCUGCCCGGCUCGGCUUACCUUCCUACGAGUGGUGGAACGAGGCAACGCAUGGUGUUGGCUCUGCACCAGGUGUGCAAUUCACCUCCAAACCAGCCAAUUUCAGCUAUGCCACAAGCUUCCCUGCACCAAUCCUGACGGCGGCUUCCUUCGAUGUUCCUUUGAUUCGUAAAAUAGCUGAAGUAAUCGGCAAAGAAGGGCGGGCGUUUGCCAAUCAUGGAUUUUCGGGAUUCGAUUUCUGGGCCCCGAAUAUCAAUGGUUUCAGAGACCCUCGAUGGGGAAGAGGGCAAGAGACUCCGGGAGAGGAUAUUUUCGUUGCGCAGAACUAUAUUCGCAAUUUCGUCCCAGGACUUCAGGGUGAUGACCCGACGAACAAGCAAGUCAUUGCAACAUGCAAACAUUACGCAGUCUACGACUUGGAGACAGGCAGAUAUGGAAACAAUUACAACCCCACCCAGCAGGAUCUGAGUGAUUACUUUCUGGCUCCGUUCAAGACCUGUGUACGUGACACAGAUGUGGGAAGCAUCAUGUGUUCGUACAAUUCAGUUUCCGGCAUUCCAGCCUGUGCGAAUGAAUACCUUCUUGAUGAGGUGCUCAGAAAGCAUUGGGACUUCAAUGCAGACUAUCACUACGUGGUGUCUGACUGCAACGCAGUCACCGACCUUUGGCAGUACCACAACUUUACUGACACCGAAGAAGCGGCAGCCUCCGUUGCUCUCAAUGCCGGGGUUGAUCUGGAGUGUGGGUCCUCAUACCUGAAACUCAACGAAUCCCUCGCAGCAAAUCAAACCUCAGUCAAAGCCAUGGACCAGUCAUUGGCGAGACUAUAUUCGGCACUGUUUACGGUCGGGUUCUUCGAUGGCGGGAAGUACGACCAUCUCGAUUUCUCGGACGUGUCUACCCCUGCAGCACAGGCUCUAGCGUAUGAGGCUGCAGUCGAAGGUAUGACGCUUCUCAAAAAUGACGACCUUCUUCCUCUGGACUCUCCGCAUAGGUACAAGAGCGUCGCCGUGAUUGGACCAUUUGCAAACGCCACGACUCAGAUGCAAGGGGGCUACUCUGGCAAUGCGCCGUACUUGAUUAGCCCAUUGGAAGCAUUUGAAAGCGAUCACAGGUGGAAAGUGAAUUAUGCUUCCGGUACAGCAAUCAACGAUCAGAACACCACUGGAUUUGAGGCGGCUGUAGCAGCCGCGAAGAAGUCUGAUUUGAUUGUUUAUCUUGGUGGCAUCGACAACUCUCUCGAGUCCGAAACGCUUGAUCGGACUUCACUCGCCUGGCCGGGGAACCAACUCGAUCUCAUCAAAACCUUGUCCAACCUCUCAAAGCCAAUGGUGGUUGUCCAAUUCGGUGGUGGCCAGGUCGAUGACAGCGCGCUCCUGAAGAACAAAGAUAUCCAAGCUCUGAUUUGGGCGGGAUAUCCCAGUCAAAGCGGGGGCUCUGCUCUUCUUGAUGUACUUGUGGGCAAAAGGUCACCUGCUGGCAGACUACCAGUCACGCAGUAUCCCACCAGCUAUGCAGACCAAGUCAAUAUCUUCGAUAUCAACCUUCGCCCUAACUUGACAGACUCAUAUCCUGGACGAACAUACAAAUGGUACACCGGAAAGCCGGUGAUCCCAUUCGGCCACGGUCUUCACUACACAAAAUUCAAGUUUGAUUGGGUAGAGACUUUGAACCGGGAAUACGACAUUCAGGAACUCGUUGCCUCAUGCCAAAGAGGUUCUGGCGGUCCAAUCAAAGACAACACACCCUUUACCACUGUCAAGGUGCGAGUCAAAAAUGUCGGUCAUAGAACUUCCGACUACGUUAGCUUGCUGUUCCUUUCCAGCAAGAAUGCCGGCCCUGCUCCACGCCCCAAUAAGUCCCUGGUGUCUUACAUGCGUCUCCACAACAUUGCUCGCGGAAGCGAUCAAGUGGCAGACUUGCCUCUCACUCUCGGCUCACUGGCCCGAGCUGAUGAGAACGGAAGUCUCGUGAUAUUCCCAGGGCGUUACAAGAUUGCAUUGGACAACUCCGAGGGCUUGACUUUCGAGUUCACAUUGAAGGGUAGCCCAGCGGUGAUCGAGACGCUUCCUGCCCCUGAUGCACAGUAUAAUUUUACGGUGCCCGUUCAUAUUCAGCCGGCAUCCACUGAAGCCCAUAGUUAG